UUACANGAGCGGCGAAAGCUAAUGGUGGAAGAAGCUGAGAAGAAGGAAGAAGAUGGAAUGUGGGCUUCUAUGAAUAAGCAUGGGCAAAAGCUUUUGGGAAGAUGGGUGUUAGGGAGAAGACAGAUGAAUGUAGAACCUGGAGUUGGUAAAUGGGUAUCAUACCUCAACCGAGAGAGAAAACUGGACUCGAUUGUCGGUUCUCGUCCUGCAGUACCACCAGCUCCUAAAGGAUUAUAUAUCUAUGGAAAUGUAGGAUGUGGCAAGACUAUGCUGAUGGAUAGUUUUGGGCUUCCUUCUUCGAUCGUAUCAAUGCUUUCUGGCGAAGAGGAAAUGUUUGCGUUUGCUCGAGCAGCGUCGCGGUUGAUUGAGAUGCAGACUCCAUUGUAUCUCGAAGGAGUUCGUUUCUUGCAUGCUUAUUUCCAUCAACAGAAGUAAAUCAAUAAUAACAAAAUGAAUAAUUGACUUAUAUUGCGCCAUUAAUUUUUCCACUGUGAUUAUUGUUUGGCAAAAACUGACCAACCAAAGGUUUAUUAUAUAUACUAAGGCGAUUCAUGAAUAAAAAUGUUCUUUUACU